AUGGAAACUUGCGUUAGAGGAUUUUCAUUUAUGCCAGAAAAUAAAGUUGAUGUGGUCGAAUUAAAGUUCGUUGAGAGUGAAGAAUUAGAGAGAACAUGGAAAGCCGAAAGACGGGAACGGCUUAAACAUCAGGAGCAAAAGAUAUGGGAGGAAUUUGUGAAAGAACAAGAUAUUGUUCACAGCUUAUGCAAAGAUGAUCCGUAUCAAUUUGUGGAACGUCUGCCACAAGAAUGUAUCAAGGAACUCCUUGAUUCAGAGCUACAGAAGAUGAGACGAGAGAAAAUAGAAGAAUUAGAAGAACAGCCACCAGUGGAAGUUGAGCCUCCAAAUAACCAGCAUGUAGUGACCUUCGUUGAAGACUCGGAAGAAGAUUUAAAUAUAUAUGAUGAGGAGAAAGAUGAUGAUGAUGAUGUGUCUGGUCCCGAGGAUGAGUUACUGAAUGACUCCAUGAGUCCCCCUCUCACUGUGAGGGAGAGAGAUGUACCCUCACCUGAUAAGACAUCUACCGAAGGUAAAUCUUCUAAUGAGAAUGUCGCUGAAGUAAUCGAGGGCAGCAUAUAUUGUGCUAAAAUAAAGGAUCUGAGGAUGAAGAUUAUUGAUGAACUUAACAAUAUUAUGUCUACGUUAUCCGUAGUGCCAGUUUUGAAUCUGGACCCGGCAGGCCUGCCAGCGGCCAUGAGGCGGGCCCGCGAGUUCAGCUCACGGUACCAGAGGAUACAUCUGUACCAGCUACAGAGACAGAUAUCCGACAUAGAGCGUAAUAACAGUAAGGCUCUACCGUUCGCCGCUCGCACACACUUCCAGGCUCAGCUGUGUAGAGUCGCCUCCGUACAUAACAACCUGCUGCAUGCUCUACAAGUGUUCGUGAAGGCAAUCCCUCAGACGGUGUGUGUGUGUGAGUGCGUGUCGGUGCUGCGCGGCGUGUCGUCCGCGGCGCGCCAGGUGACGGCGGUGAGCGAGGCCGCGCGGCCCCGGGGACUCAGCGCCGCGGACACGCUAUAUAAUGAUGCGAUGGAUGAAACAUGCGGGAAACUCAUGGAGACACUGGAUGAAUAUGAGGCCAAGCUCACGGACUAUAUGAACAGUACGGUGGACACGAGCGUGUCCGUGUCUCGCAAGUCUCGUGUGAACAGUAAGAAGUCGGUCGGCAGUUGGACCAGGUCGGGGAGAUCAUUGUUGUCGUCAGCGGAGGCCCGCCUGUCCAUGUACUCGCUGGACACGCGGCUCACACUCAACAAGUCCACCAGCUCCAGGGAACACUCCAGCGGUACGUCCAAGAAGCAAGCGAGUACGGUCUCUAAAGGAAAACAGAUCGCUGAAAAAGAAACUCCAAAUAAAACUCCAAAGAAAUUGACGAGCGGUCGUCGUCCAUUGAUGCGCGCCCCGAGCUCGUUGCCCCGCCCGCGUGUUCCUCGCGACCUGGACGUGCCCACUAUGGUCGAAACUGUGGCGGUGAGUGAGCGAGACGGAACUAUUGAUACGAGCAGGACAGAUAUAUAUAGUCAUAUUAAUGAUUUCCAGUGUGCGUCCAGUCAUAUCAGUAACGAGGGUAGUCCCAUGAUGAGCCCGCGGAGUAGGAACCCUACACCGAGAAGGAUAAGCCGGGAGACGACGCCGCGGGUCAGACACUAUAGCAACAGAAUAGUAGGAGAGAGUACAGAUAAUAGAGAGGGAGGGAAAGAUACUAGCAGGAGUCUGAGUGAACCGAAGACAGAGGGACGGAGGAAGACGGAACAUACACCUACCAGCGAUAGAAAGAACCCCGCGAGGGAGAUGAAAGAUGUGAAACAGGAUGUGGGGGAAAGAGACAGAUGUACCACCGGCCACGUGGAGGUCGGGAGUAGCAGAGAUGAGGCUAAAGAAACUGAGAGGACUAGGAGAGAAGACGAGACGAGGACUAAGGUGAGUUAUUAUUUAUAA